AGCAUACUCAGUGGCAGUCUGGUGUGAUCGGUGGCUGGUUUCUGUUCUCCCAACACACUAGAAGAGGUGUGUGGAACACAGAAGAGCAAACAUGACCUCAGAUUUGUCACACAGUGGGAGCUCUUUUAAAUGGAUCUACUCCUUAAUUUGUUUGACAGUAAUUGCAUUUUUUUCAGUACUGUUCCUGCCGAACCAGUCCAGUGCAGAGUCAUCUGUUCCUCAAUGGGAAGACAACAGCAAGGAAACGCUUCUUUUGGUAUGGGUGCACCCGUUUGGAGCGCGUAUCAAUAUACCUGACUGCUGGGAGCGACUUGGGAUGCGUGGCUGCAAGGUCACUGAUGACAGGAGUAGGUACACUCAGGCUGACGCUGUGCUCAUCCAUCACCGGGAUAUCUGCUGUGGCGGCACUCAUCUGCCACCAAAACCACGGCCACCUGGACAAAAGUGGAUAUGGUUUAAUUUCGAGUCUCCAACACAUGCUCCACAACUGUGGAAGUAUGAAGGGAUUUACAACCUCACCCUGAGUUACCGUGAGGACUCAGAUGUUGCCAUGCCGUACGGAUGUUUGAUCCAAAAUGCGCUUUUGAACAAAGUUCCCUUUGGCCGCUAUGCGAUGCCGCUCGGAGGAAGCUCAGCCUCCCGAUCUGAUCUGCAUCGUCCCCACCUCGUGGCCUGGGUGGUGAGUAACUGGUCAGAGUCCCACGCUCGUGUUGCCUUUUACAAACUCCUGAAACAACACAUCCAGGUUGACGUCUUUGGCGCAGCGGGCAGACCAUUGAGUCGUGAUGGAACAGUCCUUGUGGACCUGAUCAAACAGUACCGGUUCUACUUGGCAUUUGAGAACUCGCAGCACACCGACUACAUCACAGAGAAGUUGUGGAACGCUGUGCGUGGCGGCGCCAUCCCAGUGGUCCUGGGUCCAUCCAGGAAAAACUAUGAGCGUUUUCUGCCCCCCGAGGCCUUCAUCCAUGUUGAUGACUUCCCCACAGCGCAGGACUUGGCCCAGUACCUGCUGAAGGUGAAGGACAGCCCAUCUCUGAUCGAGAAGCACCUCAACUGGAGGAAAAGCUACAGCUUAUAUCGUUCUUCUUGGUAUGACGAUUACUGCACAGCUUGCAUGGCAGCAAAGCGGCGUAAAGGCAAGGUCGAUGUGGUCAGAAACCUUAAUGAGUGGUUUUUCUCAUGAAAACCUGAGUAUGCUGGGUGCCAUUUAUGACAAAGGCAGAGAAGAGAUUUUUUUUUUUCUUCAAUGACACUGGUAAAUGUUAAUAAUGGGUAGAUGGACAGAUGGAUGCACGGAUAUACAGAUAUAUUGCGUGCCAUAUCCUAUAUUUGAGUGAUUCAGGCAAUUUGGAGCUGCUUUAACGACCAAAUGUGUGAUUAACAAAGUCACCACUGUCUAACACCUGUUAACUGACUGAUUGCCAUCAAUUGUCUAUUGAUCUGCUGUUGACAAACCUUUUAUAAUUACAAUAAAUCCACCUAAGAUGUGUGUGGCCUGAGUUAAAGUGUAUUAUGUGAUUUUAAUUUGUGACUUGUAUGAGAUGUCGGGCGAUUGCAGCAAAUUCAAUAAGUUUGUUGUCCCUGACACAUAUAGGCCUUUCCUAGAAUGCUGCUGUCAUGACUACAGGACUUAGAAGGCCGCUCAUGCAGUAAUCAGUUAAAUCCACACACACACACACACACACA